AUGAAUAUGUUAGUAGAUUUUCCUAUUGAUACGGGCGGAUCCGUAGUAGAGAUAGUCUCAGAUGGUGUUUAUGCAGCUCAAUUGGACAGACAACAAUAUGCAAAAGAGUUCAAUACUUGUCAACCUGCGAAGGUGAUGGAGAGAAUGGGCAUUUCAAAACUCUCCCCAACAUGUGCUAAUAGUCAUGUGUCCGUAACAGUUAAGACAACCUCUGAUAUGGCUGAUGCACUUGAAUUUCAGCCUGCCUGGAAGAAUGAUGGAUUAGGAUUUGCUGUAGUUGAACCUAAGAAGAAGAAGAAAUAG